AUGGAUUUGAAUAGGCUUGAACUUGGUUCUUCUCCCUCAUGCACGGGACUGGGAUCAGGCUUGUUGGAGGUUCUCGCUGCUCUGGGAGAAACAGUGAGAUUAGUAGGUGGUAACAGUCACUGUGCUGGUCGAGUGGAGGUUCUUUAUAGAGGUCAGUGGGGAACUGUGUAUGAACUUGGCUGGGAUUUGCCUGAUGCUGAAGUGGUGUGUAGAGAACUUGGCUGUGGAAAGGCUUUAAGUGCACCAAAGGGUGCUUACUUUGGUGAAGGAUCAGGAAGUGUCUGGGUUUCUGGUUUACAGUGUACUGGAUCAGAGUUUACAUUGACAAACUGUAGAUUAUUUGGAUGGGGAAUAGAAGCUAAUCAUACUGAAGAUGCUGGAGUCAUCUGCUCUGGAGUCCGGCUGGUUGGAGGAUCUCGCUGUUCUGGCAGAGUAGAAGUGCCUCAUGAUCAGACGUGGAUGUCAGUGUGUGACGCUGUCUUUGACCAGCAGGAUGCAGAGGUUGUGUGUAGAGAGCUGGACUGUGGGGCUCCUGUACAGGUGCUGGGAGCAGCUGCUUUUGGUAAAGGAGACGCUCAGAUGUGGACACAAGAGAUUCAGUGUAGAGGAAAUGAAUCCUAUAUAUCUUUGUGUCCGACAUCAUCUUCUCUCAAACAGAAUUGCACCCAUGAGAAUGCCAUUGGACUGUUAUGUUCUGGUUACACUGAUCUCAGGCUGGUAAACGGUCCUGAUAUCUGUUCUGGUCGAGUUGAACAUCAGUACUUCAGUAAAUGGGGCACAGUGUGUGAUGCAUGCUGGGAUAUGAGAGCUGCCAGUGUCCUCUGUAGACAGCUGAAUUGUGGGAUUGCUGUGUCUGUUGUGGGAUCAGACUGGUUUGGAGAGGGAAGUGGUGAAAUCUGGGCUGAUGUGUUUGAUUGUGACGGGAAUGAAACAAAACUCUCAGAAUGUUCCAUCUCUUCAUGGAGUCGAGCUGAAUCUUCUCAUAGUCGAGAUGUUGGAGUCAUCUGCUCUAAUUCCUCUCUGGCUCUUCAUGAUGGUCUGGUGCGGUUGUCUGGAGAGAGACAGUGUGAGGGGGAGGUGGAAGUUUUCAUCCAUCAGGUCUGGAGGAGAGUUCUGCUGGACUCCUGGAGUCUCACUGAAUCCUCUGUGGUCUGCAGACAGCUGGGCUGUGGCUCUGUGCUGAACUUCUCCGGCUCCUCUUCAUCCAGUCCUGAACACAGUCAUGAGUGUGUGACGGGCUUCCAGUGCUCUGGGAGUGAAGGUCAUCUGGGGAACUGCAGCUCUCCACAAACUCUCAACUGCAGCUCCACACAACAGCUGUCAAUCACCUGCAUCGGUCGGGGGUCCAUCAGGCUGGUGGGUUCUGGGGGAAACUGUGCAGGGAGGCUGGAGGUUUUUCACAGCGGCUCAUGGGGGACAGUGUGUGAUGACUCCUGGGAUAUUAAAGAUGCUCAUGUGGUGUGCAGACAGCUGCAGUGUGGAGUGGCCCUCAGUAACCAGCAGGUACCAGCCUGGUUUGGUCCUGGUUCUGGUCCCAUAUGGCUGGAUGAGGUGGAGUGUGAGGGGAAUGAGACGUCCCUGUGGAGCUGCUCUUCUCCAGGCUGGGGAAAACAUGACUGUCAACACAAGGAGGAUGUAGGAGUCGUGUGCUCAGAGUUUAAAGAGAUCAGGUUAACUGAGGGCUGUGAAGGGAAUGUGGAGGUUUUCUACAAUGGAUCCUGGGGUAAUGUGUGCUGGAACCAGAUGGACGGAGACACAGCGAGUCUGAUCUGUCAAGAGCUGAACUGUGGAAGAUCUGGGGUUUUGUCUGAUUCUACAGCAAGAGUGGAAUCAGCUCCUAACUGGCUGGAUAAAGUUACAUGUCGACCACAUGAUUCCACUUUAUGGCAGUGUCCAUCUUCACCCUGGGGACAGAAUGACUGUGGUGAAGAUGAAGUGGCCAAAACCACUUGUUCAGGGAGUCUCAUCUCUGAAGAACUGCAUUCUGGGUAUGAAAAUGCUGAUGAGAUUCUCUCAGUGGACACACUAGAGCAUUAUGAUGAUGUCAUCAUUAUUGGACAGAACUUUCAAGGUGUAACGAACUAUGAUGAUGUGGGCGAGGAGUCAAAUAAAGAAGGAGGGGCCAUAUGA